AUGUAUCGGAAGUUGUCUAAGUUAGAACACUCGGAAAUAAAACAACUUCUAACAGAAGCUAACAUAGAAGUAGCAAAACAUUACGCAACAAACAAAAAAGCACUCGCUGACUUCAUUAAAGACUAUAAUGGUGCAAUAAGUUAUGAUAGAAUUCAUGAGUUCAUAAAGCCGCAACGCGGCGAGGACGAAGUCCAUGCAAGAGCAUUUCCUUUAAAUGACGUUGCUAUUGACUUAUAUCAUAGACGUUCAGUACCUCAUGAAGUAAGAAGAGAAAUGUUUGACAUAACAAAUGCAAACGUUGGUGAAACAAGAAGAAGAGACGACACACUGAAACAACAGAGAAGAGAGAUGUUUAAGAGCGCUAUAGAACAAGUUCGCAAAGCUAACGAUGUCAUUCGUUCCAUUGACGACAAACCAAAAGAAGGUGAGAGAUGGUUAAAGAAAGAUGAAGAGAAUAGGAAGAGAAAUGUGAAGUCAGGCAAUAGACUCAUUGACUUUAACAUCGAAGCUUUAGAUGAACCAAACAGAGACUACUUACACAAACAUUUCGGUAAGGUUUUCAUGAGACUCUUAGAGAAAAUUAAAAUAAACUCACAACAGAGAUGGAUGGUAUGUUAUAAACUUGGUGGAAAGUAUGAAUGUUCUACGUUAAACCUCAAUAAUAUUGGAACAUUACUACAUCAGCUCUUGAAGGAGAACUUUAUAUCAGAGAUAGAAGCAAAUGCUGCAGGUAUUGUUGAAAUGCACUAUGACUUCUUCUUGACAAACAUAAAGAAUCUUACCGAAAUAAAGAU